UCUCCGUCGCGGGCGUCAGCGGCAACGCAUCGCGCGGCUUCACACGUUCGUUCACGCCGCAGCAGCAGAGCAGAGCAGCAUCCGAACGCAGACAGACGGAUCCGCGGUGAGACAUGUGUGUGACCCGGCUCACUUCCCCUUCAUGCCCCUGUGUGCUGGCACUGUGGGCGGCGGAGUGAAGCACUCGAGGCUCCUGGCAUGGGCAGCGUAGGGAGCGGGGCCUCCAGUCAGCGGCCGAUCACAAUGCGUAGCGUGGGCACCCGCACCACCCCCAAUGGCCCACUGGUGGCCGCACUGCCUCCCGCCUCGACCCGCCGGCGCCUCGAUGACCGAAGCUUCAGCGCCGAGCGCAUCCCCGGCCCCAGCACCAAAACCAAGGGCGUCUCCGCCGACGAGCACAGCUACAACGCCGAGAGGGAUUUCCAUGCUAACGCUCGCAACCACGCCCAAACAGAACACGCCGCGGCACACAACGCCAACCGCCAGCAGACGCUCAACGGCGAGAGGCUGGUUUCCAAUGUGGUGUUUGCCAACGGGGCGCGGAGGGAAGGACACAGGCGCGGAGAGAGUCUGGACCUGUGCGGGAACAAAAUCAUGCUGAACAAUGACAAGAACGGCAGCCAUCAAGCUCCACCGCAGCCGCAGCACAAGGACAAGAGCAAAGCCAAACCCGAUAAUCACAACCCGCCCAACAUCCUGCCCGUCUCGGGAAAACUCGAGCAUGCACAGACCAAUGACUCUCUGGUGCGUCCAUCAGCCUUCAAACCCGUGGUGCCCAAGAGCUUUCACAGCAUGCAGAACCUGGUGUCUCCCCUGCAGUCCAGCUCCGGGAUGGCCGGCGGUCCGGGCAGCAGCGGCAGCGGAGGCGAGAAGGGGGGUACAAACGCGUCCGGCCCACAGUGGGACCAGGACAGUCCCGGCAGCCGCGGGACACACGCCGAUGCGGGCCGGGCUGGACAGGGCAGUCUGUCGGACUCCGGGAGGAACUCUCUGACCAGUCUGCCCACGUACACGGGCUCCAGCUACGGCCCGCCGCCCGCGCUCGGACCCCUCAGUGCCUCCACCAGUCACAUCAACCGGCUGGGCACCAUCGCCCUGGACAAACUGGACAAGCCGGGCUACCAGAACGGCCUCAGCGCCUCCGACAGCGGCCGCUCCUCCUCAGGCAAGAGCUCCUCCUCGUACCAGAGACUUAGUCACCUGAGCGACGCUCCAGCGCCCCUGAGACCCUCUCCAUCCUCCGACGACGUUAUUCAGGACCUGGAGGAGCGUCUGUGGGAGAGAGAACAAGAAGUAAGUGAGGUGAUUCACAUGCGGCGAAACCUGGACCAGAGCGAGGCGGCCAUCGUGCAGGUGUUCGAGGAGAAGCAGCGCGUGUGGGAGCAUGAGAUGGAGGAGCUGAGGCAGAACUACACCGGGCGUCUGCAGCAGGUGACCCGACGGGCCCAGCGCACCCAGCAGGCCCUGCAGGCACAGAUCGCCCGUCUGCAGCAGGACAAACGGCGGCUGCAGGACGAGAUGACGCUGCUGCUCGCUCAGAGAGAGGAGCUGGAGAAGAAGUGCUUGGACUUCAGGAAGGAGCAGGCCGAUAUCCUGCCCAGACUGGAAGAGACCAAGUGGGAGGUGUGUCAGAAGGUGGGUGAGAUCUCUUUGCUGAAGCAGCAGCUGCGGGAGAGUCAGGGUGAGAUGACGCAGCGGGCCGGAGAGAUCGUGGCGCUGCGAGGACAGCUGAAAGACCUCAACGCCCAGCUGAGAGAGCGAGAAGAGACCGAGAUCAGCCUCAAAGAGUCCUUCUGCACCAAAACCCUGGAGCUGGAGCGCUGCGAGGCUGAGCUACAGACCAUGCUGGCCGAGGUCACAGUGCUGCGGGACAAGCUGAGCGCGUUUGAGACGGAGGUCGCACGGCUGAAAAAGGCCCUCAGUGAACUCAGCAGCACCUCCAGUCGCUCCAGUGAGCCCAGCCUGACCGAUAUGGGUCAGCUGGUGGCGUCCCACAGCCGAGAGCAUCUUCUGUCCCCUCCAGAGACGCCCACAUCCCUCCCUGCGCUCCCGGCACCAGACCCGCUGCUCACGCUGCAGAGCGACGACUCCAAGGUCCAGUGUCAGGAGUCGGGCGACCUGCGGCGGCAGCUGGAGCGACUGCAGGGCGAGCUGCGUCUGGAGCGGCAGCAGCGAGAGCAGCAGGCGCUCACCUUCGCCCAGGAGCGCCAGACCUGGCAGGACGAGAAAGAGCGUGUGCUAAAGUACCAGGCGCAGCUGCAGCUCAGCUACGUGGAGAUGCUGCAGAAGAACCAGGCUCUGGAGGAGCGCGUGGACAAGCUGGGAGCCCAGAUAGCCACGCCGUCGCCGCCAGAGCCCCCCCCCCCCGUGUCCGUCUCCAUAUCGCUCACCUCUCCCACACCGCCGGCGGAGGAGAAGAAGCUGCCGGAGAUGCACCAGCUGGCUCCGCCGUGGCCCGUGUCGACCCGACUGGAGAGGAUCGAGUCGACGGAGAUCUGAUGCAGCCCCGAUUACAAUAGCAUUCAGUACAAUCCAAAAACUAAACCGCUUCCGAGGACUGUCCAAGGAUGCCCUGCUUGUCUGGGGCAGGUGUGUGGGUUGAGGGCAGGUUUGUUGAGUACUUAUGAGUGCGUGUGUGGCCUUAUCAGCUGGUUUAGUGCAAAGGAGCUGGCCGCAGGUCAGUAGCCAAGCGGAAAACACUCAGGGGUUUAUGAGGAACCGGCAUUAACAGACUGUUUCAGCUUUGUGUUUUUACAGGCGCGAGGGUUUAGGCUAUUAAUAAGUCACCAACUUUUCUGAAGAGUAUACUUAUAUAAUGACAGCAUCUUCUGUACUCUGCAGCCUUCAAACAAUCAAAACUAGACUAAAACUGCAGGGAGUUCCUCUUAAAGUGAAGACCUCGCAUGGUGCUUAGACGCAACGCGCCAUCACGUUUAAGGACCAAAUCUUAGUGCCAGUCUCGAAUGUUUAUGUUGAUGUUUGUCGGGCCGCAGAAACAUACUCUACACAAGUACACAGAUAUGCAGGACGAAAUUAAGCAGAUUAUUCAAGCAUUCAAAAGAUUUGAUGAUUUGAAAGAAGUCUCUUCUGCUCAACAAGGCUGCAUUUA